AUGGGCAGCCUCACCGUUGACCCUUCCAAUUUUGACCCGGCCACGCUUUUCAAAGUCCACGGACUGGUGGCCGUCGUGACAGGCGCCGGGAGCGGUGUAGGUCGCUCCAUUGCCCUGGCAUUGGCGUAUAAUGGCGCUGCACGCGUGUACCUGCUGGGCCGUCGGAUCGAAAAGCUCCAGGAAACGGUAGCGUUGGGGUCUGAACGCACGGCCGCAGGCGUCAUGGUCCCGUUGCCGAUCGACGUGACGCAAAAGGACAAGCUCGCUGCUGCGGCCGCCCAAAUUGCAGCCGAUGUGGGCUUUGUCCACCUCGUCGUCGUCAACGCCGGUGUAGUAGGCCCUGACCUUCACGGCAUAGACACGACAAUCCCUUCGCCAGGACAGCUGCAGGACUACAUCUUUAAAGAGUGGUCCGAUGAAAGCUUUACACGACCCUUUGCAACUAACGUUACAGGGGCUUUUUUCACUUGUGCUGCCUUUCUCGACCUUUUGGACAAGGGAAACAGCGAGACCAACCGUCUGCCAGGCGUCUCGAGCCAAGUCAUCGUCAACUCAAGCGCGGUGGCAUACAUAAGACAACUUGGGGGAAGCGGAGCCAUCGCAUACGCGGCCAGCAAAGCCUCAGUGAACCAAAUGUUUAAGAGUCUGAGCACUCUAUUUGUGCCUUAUCGAAUCCGGGUGAACCUGCUCAACCUGGGGGUAUUUCCGACUGAAAUGACUGCGCCCUUGCUCAGUGAUGAGAAUAGUGGGCUCGGUGCCAACCACAUACCGGAGAAACGCUUCGGCGACGACGCUGACCUCGCCGGGGCAGCUCUAUACUUGUCGUCACGAGCAGGAGCAUACGUCAACGGCUUAUCGUUGCUAGUUGAUGGAGGCCUUGUGGGAAUUCUGCCGGGUACUUAUUGA